CACCUGCCCGGCGGCAGCAGCCGGCUCCGGCGCCGCGAUUCGCGGGUCCGGGCAGAAAGGCAGUUGGAGCUUCGGUCGUGGGGCGGAAGGAGCUGGAGGGGGCGGCGGCGGCGGCGGUGGUGACGCCGCCCGAGGGCCCGCGUGUUAAAGCUGAGGGCGUCCGGGCGGCGGGAGGCGGGCAGCGGGCAACGCUGCGCGCGCCGGCCCCAGGACGCCGGCAUGGGGUCCCAAGUGCUGCAGCUGCUCCGGCAGGGCGUGUGGGCCGCGCUCACCGGGGGCUGGUACCACGACCCCGAUCAGAGCAAGUUCACCAACAGCUGCCACCUCUACCUGUGGCUGUUCCUGCUGCUGCUGCCCCUGGCCCUGCACCUGGCUUUUCCUCCAAAUGCCAUCACUGUAUUUUUUUACUGCAGUUCAGUGACGAUAUUCUUUACAAUAAUCAAAUUGGUCAGUUACCGCCUGCACCUCAUGUUUGAUGAAGGAGAAUUGAUUCAGCAAAGACCCUCGGGAAAGAAAGAAAAGCCAAAUAAAAACAAAGAGGCCAACAGUGACCACAUAACUGAUCACAAAAAUCCAAGCAAUAAUGGGCAGAUUGACAACAGCAAAAAGGAAGAGGCCAAUCGAACCCUCUCCACACCUCCCCUCCAUGGCAGCUCCAGCUCCAGAGGACAGAGCAUAAACUCUCAUCACUCUUCUGGGCUCCUGGAGCUGCCAGCACAGGAAACAGUGGAAGAUCUUAAAGGUGUCAUCCUCUCAGAUGACCAACCCAUAGCACCAGUGUCAUCUACCUCACCUGGGAUGAAAACGGAAAGCUUACCUGCGUCUAAAGCGCUCAUGCCGGAAACCACGACCACGUCAGCAAUACCAGUGAAACCAGUCGUGGCAGAAACUUGCAUCAGUGAUGAAGGGAAGGAAAGAGGGGGCCAGGGGCAGCCCCCCUCCCGCCACCGAUCUGAGGGUGGCUUGGUGGACAAAGAAGCCUUGAGGAAGGUGCCCUACCUGUCUUUGUCUCAGUACAACUUACUGGAGACAGACGUUUCUUUCCCACCUUGGGGGAGCGAGCAUUCCAUCCUGAUUCCAGAACCUGGGAAUUAUGCCUUCAUCAGGGACCAAUUGCAAAGCCAGUCGCCCCAGGACAGCCUGAGCAGUAGCUGCCCUCAGUGUAACACCGUCAUCGCCAAACCUGGGUGGGACCAGGUUUCCCAGCAGGUGGACCCGCCCUUGAACCAGGAAAUGGACGACUCAGAUAGUGAGGUCGCCGUCACUCUCAUAGACACUUCUCAGCCUGGGGACCCACUGAGUCUGCACGAACCCAUCAAGAUUGUCAUCACGAUGAGCAGUACCCCCAACUCCAUGACAGACUUGGAAAGUUCUCUCCACCUGAAGGGGGUGGGUACCGAGGGAACCAGUUUCAAGUCUGAUGCUGAGGCAGCUCCCCCAGGGACGGCCGGUCCUCCCAGCGCGGAGCAGAUGAGAAUUCCCGUCAUCACCCUCGAGCUGUCUGAGGAUGGAGGAGGAGGCGUGCUGAGUCCGGAAGGCGAUGGAAGUGACAGGACGCCAGAGAGACUGAUGGUGGAGGCGUCCUCCAAUCCGUGUUCUGGCUAUGAAUCUGGGGAGGGGGGCAAUGCCACACAGGACCACAGUCCUUCCCCAAGAGACCGCUGUGCAUCUCCCCCACCCACACUGAACGUGGUCUCUGAAUCUCACGGGGGCGUGGAAGGUCAGGCUAACCUUGACCCAUCAUCUUGUAGAACCAGCCAGGAAAAGAGACACGCCCGGGUCCUCAGUGUAGACAGUGGGACAGAUGUCUUCUUGAGCAAAAGUUCCGCAGAAAUGACUAACGAUAAAGAGCAAACGAUGCCAACUUCCAAAUCUGACCUAGAGGCCAAGGAAGGACAAAUACCAAAUGAAUCCAACUUCCUGGAAUUUGUCUCCCUGUUAGAAUCAAUUAAUACUUCCAAGGUGGUGGUAUCCAACCAAAGGGAUGAGCUGGCAGAGCAGAACAAAGACAGCGGGCUUCCUGGAGACAACGGUUCCCAGGAGAAAAAGGAGGAAAUCCUGGAAAGUGAGAAACCCAGUGGACCCCAUGCCAAGCAAGGAAAACCAGACAUGCCAAGUCAAGAACACACCAGCACCAGCCCCGGGCUCACUGAGCCUGCCAAGAUCACGACCCUUUUCCAGGGCAAUAGACAAAGACAAAUAAUCUACCGGGUAACUUCCCAACAAGAUAGUUCUGUGUUGCAAGUCAUCAGUGGGCCUGAAACAUCUGUGCAAGAUGAGAUGUCUGUGGACGCGAUGCAUGUUUUCAUUGAUGAACAUGGGGAAAUUAAAUCCUGUUAUUUAAAGUCUGGAAAUCAGAAAGAAGACCCUUUCCAGUAUCAACCAUCAAAUUAUGACGGCUUCUCUCAAGCUGGAGACAUACAGAUCAGCUCCUCCAGUACCACGACUUCCGAGAGUCAAGACCCUUCUUCUGGGGACCCUGUGGUCAGUGCCCUGCAACAACAGCUGUUGCUCAUGGUGGCUCGGAGGACCCAGCCGGAAACCGCACGGCAUCUGAGUCAGGAUCUGGAAGACUCAUCCUGUUCUUCCACACAAGGCAAAUUUAACCGAGAGCAGUUUUACAAGUUUAUCAUCUUCCCUGGCAAGUGGAUUAAGGUCUGGUAUGAUCGCCUUACCUUGUUGGCGUUACUUGAUCGAACCGAAGAUGUCAAGGAAAACGUGCUGGCAGUGUUACUCAUUGUACUGGUUUCGCUGCUCGGAUUUCUGACGUUGAACCAAGGCUUUUGCAAAGACACGUGGGCGCUCCUCUUCUGCCUGGUCAUGGCCAGCUGUCAGUACUCCCUGUUAAAGAGCGUUCAGCCCGACCCCGCCUCGCCAGUCCACGGACACAACCAAAUCAUAACAUAUAGCAGACCAAUCUAUUUUUGUGUGCUGUGUGGCCUUAUUUUGCUUCUUGAUAUAGGGGCCAAAGCCAGGCACCCUCCCAAUUACACUGUGUAUGGCCUGAAGCUCUUCUCUCCAGGGUCCCUCCAAGCGGCUAGGGACCUCUUAAUAGUGUUUCUGUAUUGCUUCCCUGCAAUUUCCCUCCUUGGGCUCUUCCCCCAGAUCAACACUUUCUGCAUUUAUCUUUUGGAGCAAAUUGACAUGCUGUUUUUUGGAGGUUCUGCCGUUUCGGGGAUGCUGUCGGCUGUUUACAGUGUGGCCCGGAGUGCGUCCGCCGCGGCCGUGCUGCACGUGUUCUGCUUCAGCGCCGUGAAGGAACCCUGGAGUACACAGCACAUCCCAGCGCUGUUUUCAGCCUUCUGUGGCCUCUUGGUUGCACUCUCCUACCAUCUGAGCAGACAGAGCAGCGACCCCUCUGUGCUCCUGUCAUUUAUUCAGUGCAGAUUGUUUCAUAAAUUUUUACAUCAAAAUCUGGAAGAGUUGGAGGCAGACCCUCUCCCCAGGAAGAUGAAAGAUUCCGUGAAGGAUGUCUUAAAAUCGGACCUCAUCAUCUGCUCGGUGGCUGCUGUUCUGUCCUUCGCGGUCAGUGCCAGCACUGUGUUUCUGUCCUUGCGACCGUUUCUCAGCAUCGUGCUGUUCUCCCUGGCUGGCGCUGUGGGGUUUGUAACCCACUACCUGCUCCCCCAGCUCCGCAAGCAUCACCCGUGGAUGUGGAUUUCACACCCCGUCCUUAAAAACAAAGAAUAUCAGCAACGAGAAGUGAGAGAUGUCGCCCAUUUAAUGUGGUUUGAAAGACUCUAUGUUUGGCUUCAGUGUUUUGAAAAAUACGUCUUGUACCCAGCAAUCAUUUUGAAUGCUCUCACUACUGAUGCAUUUUCAAUAAGCAAUUACCGGAGACUUGGUACCCAGCAUCCAUCUGAAGACUUAAAAACAUCUCUCAAGAUUUCAAGCACCCCACUAGACCAGCUGUUUUCAAACAGGACGGCAGGAGGCCGUAUGGCAGUAUCACCUAGAGACCUGUUUCAAACUGUCUGGGACAUUUUCCUGAUGGUCAUUGCCGGCAUGAAACUGCUGCGGACCUCCUUCUGUAACCCAGUCCACCAGUUCACUCACUUGGGCUUCACCGUGAUCUUUUUCCAUUUCGACUACAAAGACAUCUCAGAGAGUUUCUUACUGGAUUUCUUCAUGGUGUCCAUUUUAUUCAGCAAGCUCGGGGACCUGCUUCACAAGCUCCAGUUCGUCAUGACCUAUGUGGCUCCCUGGCAGAUGGCUUGGGGUUCGUCAUUUCACGUGUUCGCUCAGCUCUUUGCAAUUCCUCAUUCUGCCAUGCUUUUCUUUCAGACGUUUGCCACGUCCAUCUUUUCUACUCCACUGAGCCCAUUUCUCGGGAGUGUCAUUUUUAUCACGUCGUAUGUCAGGCCAGUGAAAUUCUGGGAGAAAAACUACAAUACAAGGCGCAUGGAUAAUUCCAAUACAAGACUGGUGGUCCAAAUCGAAAAGGAUCCAGGGAACAACGGUAACAACCUGAAUUCCAUCUUCUACGAGCACUUGACGAGGGCCCUCCAGGAGUCCCUCUGUGGAGACCUUGUCCUUGGCCGAUGGGGCAACUACAGCUCUGGCGAUUGCUUUAUCUUGGCCUCAGAUUACCUCAAUGCUUUCGUUCACCUGAUUGAAAUUGGCAAUGGUCUUGUCACCUUUCAACUUCGAGGACUGGAAUUCCGAGGAACCUACUGCCAGCAGAGGGAGGUGGAAGCCAUCACGGAGGGUGAUGAGGACGACAGGGGCUGCUGCUGCUGCAAACCGGGUCACCUGCCCCACCUGUUGUCCUGCAAUGCCGCCUUUAACCUCCGCUGGCUCACCUGGGAGAUCACGCGGACGCAGUACAUCCUGGAGGGCUACAGCAUCAUGGACAAUAACGCGGCCACCAUGCUGCAGGUUUUUGACCUCCGGAGGAUCCUCAUCCGAUACUACAUCAAGAGUAUAAUAUACUAUAUGAUGACGUCCCCCAAACUGCUCUCCUGGAUCAAAAAUGAAUCACUUCUGAAGUCCCUGCAGCCCUUUGCCAAGUGGCAUUACAUUGAGCGUGACCUUGCAAUGUUCCACAUGAACAUCGAUGACGACUACGUCCCGUGUCUCCAGGGCAUCACGCGAGCCAGCUACUGCAACGUUUAUCUAGAGUGGAUUCAGUACUGUGCACGGAAGAGGCAAGAGGAGCCCUUGAAGCACCUGGACAGUGAUGAGGACUCUCCCCUGGUGACUCUGUCCUUCGCGCUCUGCAUCCUGGGAAGGAGAGCCCUGGGGACCGCGGCUCACAACAUGGCCAUCAGCCUGGAUUCUUUCCUGUAUGGCCUCCACACCCUCUUCAAAGGUGACUUCAGAAUCACAGCCCGAGAUGAGUGGGUGUUUGCCGACAUGGACCUGCUACACAAAGUUGUUGCCCCAGCUCUCAGGAUGUCCCUGAAGCUGCACCAGGACCAGUUCACUUGCCCCGACGAGUACGAAGACCCCGCGGUCCUCUAUGAGGCCAUCCAGUCCUUUGAAAAGAAAGUGGUCAUUUGCCACGAGGGUGACCCGGCCUGGAGGGGCGCCGUGCUGGCCAACAAGGAGGAGCUACUGACCCUGCGGCACGUGGUGGACGAGGGCACGGACGAAUACAAGGUCAUCAUGCUCCACAGAAGCUUCCUGAGCUUCAAGGUGAUCAAGGUGAACAGAGAAUGUGUCCGCGGCCUUUGGGCGGGGCAGCAGCAAGAGCUCAUCUUCCUCCGCAACCGCAACCCCGAGCGCGGCAGCAUCCAGAACAACAAGCAAGUCCUCCGCAACCUGAUCAAUUCCUCCUGUGACCAGCCCUUGGGCUACCCCAUGUAUGUGUCCCCGCUCACCACAUCCUACCUAGGGACCCACAGGCAGCUGAAGAACGUCUGGCGCGGACCCGUCACCCUGGACAGCGUCAGGGCGUGGUUCCGGACCAAGUGGUUAAGCGUGCGGAAGGACUGCGAUGUUGCCGGCCAGCCGGGCGCAGGCAACAUUGAAGAUGCGGAUGGAGGGGGCGCCCCGCCCGGAGGCGGCAGCAGUGCCCCCAGUGGUGAGAGCCGGGAGAGCAGCUCGGAACAGCCCAGAAAGGAGGGGGCUCGCCACUGGUCACCCCGUGAAGGGCCACGCAGGACAGGCAGGAGGAAAGGCAGGAGUCAGUCCGUCCAGGCCCACAGGGCCUUAAGCCAAACGCCGCCCGUCCUGCGCUCGUCCGGCCCCAUCAUGGACAGCCACCCGCCCUUCCUGCAGACGUCCACGUCGGUGCACGAGCUGGCCCAGCGGCUGUCCGGCAGCCGGCUGUCCCUGUGCACCUCGGCCGCAUCCCUGCACUCCCAGCCCCCGCCCGCCCCCGCCACUGGCCACCUGAGCGUCCGCGAGCGGGCCGAGGCCCUCAUCAGGUCCAGCCUGGGCUCGUCCACCAGCUCCACCCUCAGCUUCCUCUUCGGCAAGAGGAGCUUCUCGAGCGCCCUGGUCAUUUCCGGGCUGUCUGCCGCCGAGGGGGGCAACACCAGUGACACCCAGUCCUCCAGCAGCGUCAACAUCGCCGUGGGCCCCUCGGCCAGGGCCGUCAGCCAGCCCACGCGGCACUUCUCUGAGCCGUGCGAACCCACGGAGGCCGGGGAGCAGGGGCCGCUCGGAGGUCGCUAUGUGGCCGAGAACCUGGGGGUGAUGUGCAGAAGAGCGAGCCAGGAGGACAUGGGCCUGGACGACACGGCCUCCCAGCAGAGCGCCUCUGACGAGCCGUAGCCCAGCUCGGGCCUAGGAGCCACGCCGCUGGGGAGGGACGGAACCCCCACGGCUUCUCCCCUGUGAUCCCCAAACUAGACAGAGCGAAGAAUGCAAGCCAGGACAUCCGUCCCAUGGAAAAUGAGAGCUGUGUACAAAAUAGAAUAACUUGAUCUCAGGUUCUUGAAAAAUAUCUCACGUGAUGAAAAAAAAAAAACUUGACACCAGGCCUCCCUCCCACUCUGGUGCUUGCAGGCCCCAGAGAGGUGGGAUGCGGGAGGCACCCUUUCCAGAACUCGAAAAUUCAAACAAAAGCCAUGUAACAUCUUAAGACACCUCAAGUAGAGCACAUAACUCCUUCCUGCCCUGAUGAAAAUAAGACAGCUGCAUGCUAAACGAUUGGCAUUUUAUACGUCACUGUUACUGUGAAAAAGAAGCAGACAGCGGUGCGUAUCACACCAUCAGCUGGUCCAGUGCGCUGAUGUUCCAUCUACGUAUAGAGAAACAUCUCACUUCUUUAUACUAUUUAUGCAGAUGUUAAGUAAGUCUAAACCAGUGACAGCUUUACUGCAGAAAACGUGAUAGUGCAUGCAGUCACGUUCAACGCAUCCUGUGAGAGGAGCCGACCAUCCCCAGCCACGUGAGUGCAGAAGUCUAGUCGAGGCAGGUCAUGGAGGGCCACCUAGGAAUGAUGCUGGCUGCAGGCACAGUGGCUUCCUGCAAGAAGCCAGGUCCCGUCUCCCCCAGAGCUUUUCUGUGCUUCCCAGGAAUGCACGCUUGUUUCCAAGCCAAGCAAUCCUUACUGUGUCACAGGACACUUGCACAUACCUUUGUUUUUGGAAUUAAAA